GUCAUGUUGAUGAACGCUAAAACAGGGUAGUCAACAUGUCCACCGCUGAAGCUGAACGGAACAAUAACGAAGAGCCCGGGCUUCACGGCUCUUGGGUAGAGCUGGAGCUGAACAGAAACACAGGGGCCCAGGGCGCGCAGAUCAACCUGCUAAUGACACCCGCUGCAGACCAAAUAAACGCCAAUGCUGGCAUGAGUCAAACUCUGCAGACCUUGGAAGUGGUGCCUGAGAACGAUGAAACCCUGAUUGGAGGACUAGAGCACGUGCCGUCGUCCUCCUCCAUCCACAAUGGAGACAUGGAAAAGAUCCUCCUGGAUGCACAGCACGAAUCCAGCCCAAGUAGCUCCUCCUGUGAUAGUCCUCACAGGCCACCAAGUCCAGAUCAGGACGAGGGUCAGAUAACUUUUGAUGUGGAGAUGCCCAGCCGGAGAGGUAGUCAGUCGGAGGAAGACGGUCCAGAGCAGGACAGAGAGGAAGACAUCCUGCUCAACAAAGAAGUAGACUGGGUCGCUGAUUGGUCCAGCAGACCAGAAAACGUUCCUCCAAAGGAGUUCCACUUCAGGCACCCCCGCCGUUCAGUAUCUCUCAGUAUGAGAAAGAGUGGAGUCAUGAAGAAAGGUGGCAUCUUCUCUGCUGAAUUCCUCAAAGUCUUCAUCCCUUCCUUACUCAUCUCACACAUCCUCGCUCUCGGCCUCGGGGUGUACAUUGGGAAGAGAAUUGCCACAGCCUCCACCAGCUCUUACUGAAAAAAAGAAGAAGCAGUGCCUGGAUGUUCUCCUGUCUCUAAGAGUCUCAACCAUCCUCCUGUAGUCAAGCUGUCUCUCUGCAUCUAUUGUACACCCACAUUUCUUCUUCCAGUCAGCAUUAAAUUCUGUCACAUUGUAGAUGUAGCUAUCGAGUUAUACACAUGAUGUAAUGUGGUUGCACUCCAUCACAUUUUGACACAUUGUACCCAGCAGCUGCCACCAACUUGAAUCCAGUAGAUAGCAGACCCUGUUAGAGCUGCAGAAUAUUAGUCAUCCUGUUCAACUCAAAAAUAUAUGACAAGGAUUUGAUGUCCAGAGGCUUCAGGGUUGACGUUUCUCUACUUGUUUUGAUGUUAUGUCAUGAGAAAUUUGGCCUUUUCCCAAACUGCAUCUCUCCACAGUAGAGUGAAGAGUGUAUGAACCAAAAAUGUUCGCCAUUUCUGCAAUACAGACAAAUUGAAUUGGCUCUGGGAACAGAAAGGCCCAUCGCCUUAAUUUUUUAGCUAAACAUUCAAGGUGCAGUUAUUGUGGGGGGGAGGGAGAAAUGAUGCUGCACAGUGGGAUUUGUUUUUAAAUUCCACACAUUUUUGAGAACAGAAGUUGUAUCAUGUUGACUCCCGAGAGUUUCUUUUAAAAGCUUUGUUUUUUUGAAGGUUGUUUUUCAAGGCUUAUGCAUUGAUCUCGUAUGUAGCUGCAAAUUUUUACAAUGGGGUUGCUUGAGUACCUAUGAUAGUGGAACCUAGGCUAGAUGGCAGUUUACCAGGCCAUAUGCUAUUUUUAUUUCUUUUUGCCAACAUAUCUUCUUAAACAUAACAUAGCAGCAAUGGCAAAGUGCCAAAUUUGUAUCUUUCACCACUGCACAUUGGUGAUUUAUCUUAGACUGUUUUUUUGAUUUUCUGGUAUGUUUAGGUAUUUAAAGAUGUAGAUGUGAAAAAUAAUUUAAGCUGUGAUCUGCCCCAUGUACACCUUUUGACAUUGUAUAAUUUGUUUAUACAUUGAUAUUAAUGCAUAUUAUGUCAUUGUUAUUAUAUAGCAUUGUGGCAGUGUACGUAAUGUAUUUUUGCUGUCGUUUAAUUGCUGAAGCGUCAGUGGCAGAAACCACCACAGUGGAAGGUAUUUCCAGGGGCCUCAUUUAAGAGUGUUAUCAGACUUUUAUCUAGACUACACUGUGCAAUCAUUUCACAUAAUAUGAUGGAAUAAACAGUGUACAGUGUGUGUUGAACUUCCAGAGAAACUAGAGGAGCAUUUCCUGAAGAAAAUGCAUGUGAUUUCCGUGUAUUGAUGCGUGCUGAUUGGAUGACUGGAUGAUUCUUCCGUCAGUGUUUGCAAAUGAAUGACAUUAUAGAGUCAUUGGUUUUAAAGCACUCAACAUGCAUUCAGGCUUUAAUGCAUUAUAUAACUCAUACUAACUCAUAAAACUGUCAUCAUAACAGGCUUAUGUACAGUUGAUCAGUGUGCAAUACAGAGCAUUUUGGAAUUUGAAUAAAGUUUGUACUGUA